AUGGCCUUCGACCGGCAGUCCCUCGCCCUCCCGCCGACCCUCUCCCCCGACGCCCUCGACGCCCUGUCCGAGCUGGCCAUCGUGCUCGCCAAGGUGCGCACCGGCAUCCAGUCCUCGGCGGGCCUGGCCACGACCGGCGCGACCCCCGGCGGUGCUGCCGCCGCGGCCGGCCAGCCCCUCUCCUUCAAGGACGUCCCCGGCGCGACCGACGCCCUCAAGCACAAGCUGCAGCACGCGCGCGCCCAGGUCCUUGCCCUGCCCGACAUGGACCGCGAGCUCGUGGAGCAGCGCCGCGAGGUGGCUGAGCUCGAGGCGCGCAUCGUCACCCAGCGCGCGCUGCUGGAGCGCCUGCGCGACGACGGCCUGCGCUUCGGCAAGGACGGCGACAAGAUGGACUUGUGA